CCUGGAGCCAGCCUGGCUACCACUGCCCUCGUCCUCCCGGUGGACUCCGGCUGGGGUGAGGAUCCUGGUGCACCAGUGCCAGCCCGCAGGCCCUGUGGAAGGCCCUUGGGGUGCCUGGGGAGAGAUGGAUCUUGGCAGGAGAGGGACAGGAGAGGCCCGGCAAGCUGCCGAGCAGGGCGGGCCUUGCUCACAUGGGCUGUGGGCGGGUCAGGCAUUGAGUUUCGCUUCCCGCCACUGCUGAAGCAGCAGCCCAGACCCAGUGAGUGGCCCAGCUGCUGCUGCUGCCUUGGUACCCCACGAUGAGCUCGCAGGCACCACCCCCGGGGCCUAUGCAGGCCCUUAUAUUCUUGGACCUGGAGGCCACCGGACUGCCCUUCUCCCAGCCCAAGAUCACGGAGCUGUGCCUGCUGGCCGUUCACAGAUGUGCCCUGGAGAGCGCCCCUCCCUCCGAGGGGCUGCCUGCCGCAGUGCCCUCGCCCCCUCGUGUGGUGGACAAGCUCUCCCUGUGUGUGGCCCCAGGAAAGGCCUGCAGCCCCGCAGCCAGCAAGAUCACAGGGCUGAGCACCACUGCGCUGGCAGCACACGGGCGUCAACGCUUUGACGACAACCUGGUCACCCUGCUCCUGGCCUUCCUGCAGCGCCAGCCGGUGCCCUGGUGCCUCGUGGCACACAACGGUGACCGCUAUGACUUUCCCCUGCUCCAGGCAGAGCUGGCUACGCUGGGCCUCUCCAGUGCUCUGGACAGUGCCUUCUGUGUGGACAGCAUGGCUGCCCUCAAGGCCCUGGAACAAGGCAGUAGCCCCUCGGAGCACAGCCCAAGGAAGAGCUACAGCCUGGGCAGCAUCUACACCCGCCUGUAUGGGCAGGCACCGCUGGAGUCUCACACGGCCGAGGGUGACGUCCUCGCCCUGCUCAGCGUCUGUCAGUGGAGGCCACAGGCCCUGCUGCGCUGGGUGGACGCUCACGCCACCCCCUUCAGUGCCAUCAAGCCCAUGUAUGGGGCCACUGCCACUACUGGGACCAGCCCAAGGCCAUCUGCUUUGGUAACCACCCCACCCCUAGGCAGUGCCAAGAACGCCAGUCCAAGCCAGGGGAAGGGCCGCAAACCCAAGACACUUCCCACGACAAAGGGCCCUGGAGCCCCGCCCAGGGGAGAACUGCUGGCCCCACUGGGCCUGCUGGCUUUCUUGACCUUGGCAGUAGCCACACUGUAUGGACUAUCCCUGGCCACACCAGGGCAGUAGGCCAAGGCAAACCCAAUAAAGACCGCCCCAUCCCAGCACUGAA